AUGUCUGACCUAAAGACUGAUUUUGAAGCCGCAGCGGCGCUUGUGAAAACAUUCACAAAGAGUCCCACUAACGAUGAAAAGCUUACACUCUACGCCUACUACAAGCAGGCCACUAUUGGUGACAAUACGACACCUGCCCCGGGAAUGUUUGAUAUGACGGGGAAGGCGAAAUGGAACGCCUGGAAUGCCAAAAAGGGUCUAUCGACAGAGGACGCUAUGAAGGCUUAUAUUGCUGAGGUGGAGAAGCAAAAGGUGGUCUACGCCUGA